AUGAUAAUGCGCCGAGGUUGGCCAGGAAUCAGACGGUUUUUGUGAGUUUGGGGGGGAGGGGGGGAGUAAGCCUAAGCUUUACCUAAGCCUAAACUUUAGAGGGGUUAAGCCUAAACCUUGGAGGGGUUAAGCCUAAACCUUUACCUAAGCCUAACCUAUUUUUUUUAGUUGAGCAUAAGCAUAUUUAACUCUAAAACUUUAGAGUUAGGCCCUUGUAAGCCUAAGCCUAAACCCCACUGUAUGGUUAAGGCAGAGCUUAAGCCUAACUAAAAGGUUAAGCCUAAGCCUAAAGGAGUAAAUUUAAGUCUAGCUGAGGUUAAGCCUAAUUCUAAGCCUAACUAAAAAGUUAAGCCUAAGCCUUACCUAAGCCUAACUGAAAGGUUAAGCCUAAGUUUAACUCUAGCUGAGGUUAAGCCUAAGCCUAAAGGGGUAAGUUUAAACCCUAGCAAAGAUUAACCCUAAAUGUAGGCCUAACUGAAUGGUUAAGCCUAAGAGUAAGCUUAACUCUAGCUAAGAUUAAGCCUAAGCCAUAAAGGGUAAGUUUAACUCUAGCUGAGGUUAAGGCUAACCUAAGCCUAACCUAAGCCUAACUGUAUGAUUGAGACUGAGCUUAAGCCUAACUAAAAGGUUAAGCCUAAGCCUUACCUAAGCCUAACUGAAUGGUUAAGCCUAAGCUUAAGCCUAACUGAAUGGUUAAGCCUAAGCCUAAAGGGGUAAGUUUAACUCUAGCUCAGGUUAAGCCUAACCUAAGCCUAACUGUAUGGUUAAGCCUAAGGGUAAGCUUAACUCUAGCUUUUAAGCCUAACUAAAUGGCCUAAGCCUAAGCCUAAAGGGGUAAGUUUAAACCUCUAGCUAAGAUUAAACCUAAUUCUAAGCCUAACUGAAUGGUUAAGCCUAAGCCUUAAAGGGUAAGUUUAAGCCUAACCUAAGUCUAAUCUAAGCCUAAGCCUAAGCCUAAGGCUAAUUGAUAACCUUAUUUUUUUGAUUGAGCUUAAGCCUAAGCCUAACAAGGAGUUAAGCCUAAGCUUAACUCUAAGGACAAACUCUAAGGAUUUAACUCUAAGGAGUUAAGCCUAAGCUUAACUCUAGCUGUAGUGUCGAACCUAAUCCUUAACUUACCUAAGCUUUAGCCAAACCCCAACUUACCCUAACUUAAUUUUUGUCAGAUGGUCGAACGUGGCGAACGAGUUCUCCACGAUUUCCUGCUUCCCCUGGAUCGAUGAUGACGUGGAUUCCUCAGCGCUCCUCUUCAAUUUUCAACAGCAAAAUAAAGAUGCGGCGAUUUUGUCGACGGUACGUCAAAGUUUAUUGGCGCACCAAAAAAGUUUCUUUAGGUAUCCCCAUAUCUUCCGCUAACUACCUUCACUCAACAUGAUAUCGAGGAGCGGAAGGUUAUGCUGCGUCAUCUUGGACAUCACUCGCAGUUCGAGAUUUCCUACUCGGUGACUGAUGGUGUGCAUACAGUUCCAGCGAAGAUGAAUGUGAUUGCCGCGCAGCCGGAUGUUUGGAUAGAGCAUGCGGAAAUUGUGACACUGUGUUCUUCCGCAUCGCAGGAAAUCCUGGUCAACGCGCAAAGUUUGAGCGUUGCCACGAAUCUCGAUGUUCGCCUUGAAGAUAUUGUUUAUUUUUGCGAUUCUGCGACGCUGGAUCGGAAAAAGGUUGCGACAUUCACGCAGGCGGAUGUGAUGCGGAACCGUGUGCGGAUUGUUGUUGCGCAAGACAGCGUGGGUCUACGCGUCAAAGUCGCCGAUCGCAAUUUGGAUAUUGAUUUGAAGAUAACUUGCGACGAGGAGUCGACAAAUUCGAAUUCCCAAAAACCUGUGAAAAAUCGCGUUUUGCGAGUUCCGAUGGGCGGCGCAGUGCUCUUCCAAUUCGAAAAUCUGACAACUGAUGCGGCGGCGAUUUUCGAGGUCUUGAAACAUCCGGAAUUCGGUUAUUUGUCAUUGGAUCAUGAUGAAAAAUCGUAUUCGGCAAAGGUGGCGAGUUUCAGCGGUGCUGAUAUUGCAGCGGGAAAUGUGCAGUUUGUGCAUAGCUCGGCGACGACGGCGAAUGAUUCGAUGGAAUUUCGGGUUGGCAGCGGAUUGGCUGCGAAUGAGGGUUAUUAUUAUAUGUUGAAGGUGGAUGUGGAGGUUUUUGAGAGAAAUGUGAGUUUUUUGCGGGGGGGGGGGGUUGUCUAGCUGUCUAGCUAUUCAUCUCUCUAAUUCCUCUGCGUCUCUUGCAUUCUAUAGCUGUCUAGCUUCUCUGCGCCCCUCUGCCUUCUAGCUAUUGUUUUCUCUAAUUCCUCUGCGUCUCUUACUUCUCUAUACUCUCUAGGUGUCUGAUCCUUGCGUGUCUCUUGACUCAUCGCUGUUUUUAUCCCUCUGGUUUCUCUGCACCUCUCAUUUUUAUAUACUCUCUAGUUGCCUAGCCUCUAAGGUUUUUCUAACUUCUCUAAUUCUCUUUGGUGUCACCAUGUUCUCUAGAUAUCUAGCUCCCCUGCACCUCUCAUUUUUGUAUACUCUCUAGCCGUCCAGCUCCCCUGCGUCUCUCAUUUUUGUAUACUCUCUAGCUGUCUGAUCCUUGCGUGUCUAGCUUUUCUCUAGCGCUCUAAGGUUUUUCUAACUUCUCUAAUUCUUUUCGGUGCCACCAUGUUCUCUAGACAGUCUAGCUCUUCUGCGUCUCUUACUUCACUAUACUCUCUAGCUGUCUGGUUUCUCUCUUCACUCUCGAUGUUCACAAGAUAUUCACGUAGCUUCUCUAGCUGUCUGCAGUCUCUCACCCUCACACCACACAUUUUUCCAGAUCACCAUCCAAACCGCCACAUUCUCAGUCCCCUCCUCUGGACGUGCUCCGAUCCUUCCCACUUCCCUCAACAUCACCACCUCCGAACCGGCCGACGAAUCGCCGCUGAUCACCAUCAUCUCGCCCCCAACAUCUGGAUGGAUCACAACCGACGCAACCACCGGCUCGACUAGUGUUUCGCAAUUCACCGCCUCACAAAUCAAAGACGGACGCAUCUGGUUUGUGUCGGACGGAACGCAGGGGAAUGACAGUGUUGGAUUGCGAGCCUGCGUGCAAGAUCAAUGCACAUCAAUUCAUCUGAUGCCUAUUCAAGUGACCUCGAGUCAAUCAGAAGCCACCAAUCAUCACCAGAAAUGAGGUUUUGAGAAUUGGAGCUACUGGAAGAGCGCUGAUCACCAAUAGUCAUCUUGAUGUUGAAGAUCAGGAUACCCCACCCAACUCGAUUUUAUACAUCAUUGCUCAGCCGAGUGCCGGAAGAGUUGUGCGAGCCAAUCAACCCGAACAGACUUUGCAUAACUUCACGCAAUUCGAUAUUGAUCAAUCGAAUGUUGAAUUCAUUGUUGAAGUCAAUUCUUCUAGUUUCAUUGGAAGGGGUGGAUUCAGUUUUCAUCUUUCCGAUGGGCAACAUCGCAUAGGUCCGGAAUGGUUUUCGAUUGAGAUGACUGCAACUUCAACGAGUGUCGAGACUAAUGGAAGAUUGAUUGCAUCGCCGGCGUCGGCUACGAUUAUUGGGACAGAGCUGUUGAGAGCGAAUAUGCCUGGGGUAGGUUUUCAGGAAUCCUGUAAGCUUACAAGGGAACCUUUUUUUAUUCAACACUUCAAAUAUUGAUGAAAUUUUGUCCAGAGCAGCUUUUGGGGUCAUAAGAACACCCAAAAAAAUUUUAGUCUCCCAAAGGACCUCUGAGCCAAGUUCUGGGCUCUCAAAAGUUAGAAAAUUGCCCAAAUUGGCUCAUAAAACACAUCAUAACUCAAUUUUCGAUCAUUUUUAUGAAAAACUGAGUAGCAGAUGAUGAUCAGCGUGGUCGAUUUACCCAAAAAGCAUUAAUAAAUCAAGUUUUCAGAAAAAAUUUUGAUUUUGGAAAAAAGAAUGAGCAGGGGCACAUAUGAAUUUUCAUGAAUUUUCAGCCGAAAAAUAAAAAACUUCAAAAUUUUUCGAAAAAAAUAUUUGAUUUAUUGAUGGUACUUUUGGGUAAUCGACCAUGCUGAUCAAUAUCUGAAACUUUAUUUCUCCCAAAAAAAAUUGAUCGAAAAUUGAGUUAUGAUGACUUUUAUGAGCCAAUUUUAGGCAAUUUUUGAACUUUUGAGAGCCCAGAACAUGGCUCAGAGGUCCAGAACUUGGCUCAGAGGUCGACUAAAAUUUUUAGGGUGUUCUUAUGGCCCCAAAAGCUGUCCAUGGACCAAAUUUCAUCAUGAUUUGAAGUGUUGAGUAAAAAAGGUUUCCUUGUGAAGGGCCCCACCUCCAAAAAUCCACCUAAAGUUAACCCCCCUCCCUCCGAAUUCGGAGUCCCAUUUCAUGUAUGGCCUGGAUUCACUUCAGAUAUACAUAAAUUAUAAUUUUGCAGACCCGCCCGGAGGAUAUUCAUUUCACCGUAACCCGCACACCGAAGUUCGGUGAACUUUUGAUCGAUGGAAUCAAGGGCACACACUUCACCCAAACCCAGAUCAAUCGACGACAAGUGGUUUAUUCAACUCUGGGAUUCCCCGAGCAGAAUGAGUGGAGUCGCCGCGACUCUUUCGGAUUCAAAAUUGCCUCCAAAACAGGAUCGAAACCUGUGAAAGAUUCUGGAAGUUCGGAGAAGUUUAGGAUUAACUACGACGUACGCGGCGCUCAAUGAAAAAGUUAUUCAAAAAUAUAUCACAACCCGCCCCCUCCUGGUUUCCCGCGGUGGAAGUGCUUGCUUCAAUCAAUCACAUCUCGAUGUCUUGGCGCUCGUUGAAGCCGUGGGCAAGGAAGUGAUCAUGAUAGAAAUUGGAACUGAGCCAAGAUCGGGGAGAUUGGAGUGGUUGGAUAAUGAGAAGAAGCGAGUGAGCUGGACGGAAUUGAGAAGCGCGUUCUAUUUGAUUUAUCAUCAUGAAGCUAGCGAUGCUCUUAUGGAUAGUCUAGUUUUUCAUAUCUAUGCGGCUCGAGAGAGCACCAGGAGGACAAGUCGAAUUCGAAUUGAUGUCGAUAUUCUAGUCACGAAUCCGCCAGACGCCAAAGUUGAGGUUGUGAAUUUCCCCAAGGAUCCCGUAAGCGUCCUGAACUCCGGGUCGACAAAUCUGCUUCCUGAUCUAUUUAUGACUAGACAUCGGACAGUUCCACCGCAGAGUAUUAUUUAUCGAACGAUUCAGCGAGGCUCUAAUGGGGUGACACUUCGAAAAAAUGAGGAAGAAAUUGGUAGCUUUAAUCAGCAGGAUAUUAAUGAUGGGAAGAUUUCGAUAUGGCACACUGCACCCCGGAAUUUUCAGGGAGAAUCUGGAUGGCAUGAUGUGAUUGUGUUUGAUAUUGAGGGACAUAUGCGAACUCUUGUCGUGGAGAUCAAGCCAAUCGAUUUGAUCCUGAAGAAUCAUAGUGUCAUCGAAUACCCGCAGGGGAAAACCUAUGUUGUGCUCAAGAGCCAACACCUCGGCGCAUUUUCCAAUGGCAAUAAUCGAAGUGCGUUGAAAUACAGGGUGACUCAUGGUCCUGAAAAUGGCACGUUUUAUUGGGUGGCUGGUGAGAAGGAGGCCAAAGAGUUCACGCAGAAGGAUAUUGAUGAGGAGCGGAUUCUGUAUGCACAAUUGAACAUGCAUUCUUAUCAAGAUCGAUUUGAGUUUCAAAUUGAGAAUGAGACACGGGAUGUUGUGAGGAACUCGUCGAUUUUGAGAGUCAAGGCGUUGGUGGCAGUUCAGCCGGUGAUUGUAGAAGCUGAGACAGCAACACCGCUCACGACGAGUCAGAUCAACGCAUCAACAUUACUCCCAUCCUCCCCAAGAUUCUUCCUAACCUCUCCGCUCAAAUACGGAAGGCUGACCUUCGAUCAGAACACAAAUUACUCCACAUACUACUUCACCUACUCAGACAUUCAAAAGGGAAUUGUGUAUUAUAAAGCGGAUAGUGCUGAUGAGGAAGUUCGAGAGAUUGUUGAAUUGGAGAUUCGAGCGGAUGAUGUGCAACCGGCCAGGUUUAGCCUGCCUAUUACGAUUUUGCGCGCCGAGUUUUUGGAUGAGGGAAAUGUUGUGGAGGCGGGUGAGAUUUUGGAGAAUGAAGAGACGAAAAGUGGGACGAGCAGCAGGUUUAGUGGGAAUGGAUUGCCGGUGAGUUUCGGGGGGGGGGGCAUACAUGAUCUGACACUUCGGAGGGGGGUUAACUUAAAGGGUUGAUGUUUUCCUGGUGAAAAAAUCGUCAGCAAAAAGGCGUGUUAUGUUCAAAGUUGCGUGCAAACACACGCACAAAAAUUUGAAAACAAGGUGUGCGCUAGAGCGCAUUUACUUGUUUCAUUCCCUGACGGAGCAUCAACCCUUUAAGGUGCAUUUUCGAAGGUAGGGGCCUUAACUUUAUGAAAAUUUUGGGGUGUUUUAUGUUUAGGGGUCAAAAAUUGGGUUUGGGGGGGGGGCUAAAAUGAGCAAUGCUAGACUUUCGAGACGACGAGAGUCUGAUGACGUCAUCUAAGACAGAGAAACACAUCGCUUCGAGAUAUUUUUGAGAAAAUAUGUGUCCCUUUGAAAAAAUACCGUAUUUUGUUUCAAGGAACACACAUUUUAUUGAAAAUAUCUUGCCACGAAAUUCAUUUUCGGGAUGUUUUUGUAAAUUACUCUCGUCGUCUCGCCUCUGGCCCCACGGGCCCUGGUCGUGUGAUCUGGCUUUGGAGGAAGGGGGGUUAGCUUAAGGUGCCUUUUCAAAGGUGGGGGCCUUAACUUUUUGAAAAUUUAGGGGUGUUUUAUGGGUUUAUGGGGUCAAAAAUCAGCCUGAAAGGGAGGGUUAACUCAAAGGUUCUCGGAGUGACUAGUUCAUAUAUGUUGGGGGCCUAAUAUGAGGCAUGCUAGACUUUCGUUCAUAAGAAAAACGUUAAUUUUCCCCGAUCAUUCAAAGCAAAAUAACCGGGAAUCGAACCUGUGAGCUUGAGUUUACUAACAUGAGCAAUAGCUAUACUCUCUAACCUCAAGUGUUUUUUUCCAGAUCGUGAUCCUUGCCGCCAUCCUCGCCGCCACCAUCUUCAUUCUCGUCUGCCGUCGCUGCGGCGGCGGUUCCUCCUCGACCUCUCCCAAACACAACACCUCCGCCAAACUCUCCACCCAUCUCGACACACCAACCCGUCUUCCACCGUCACCCACCGACUCGCUAGAACAUCCGUCGAUCUCUGCCGCAAAACCGCCCGAUCUGCUGGGAUCCACGGUUUUCGCGUCGGUCAAGCAGGCCGAGGAUCGACAGGUGUUGCAGAGUUUUACGAUACGACCGCAGGGCAUUGCGGCGCGGACGCAGGCUGUUCCGCCGAAAGAGGCGGUGGUGCCACGUGGCUCGGGAGCUCUGCUGGAUUAUGCUGGCGACACGCCGCCUCCUAUGAGGCUGUUUGACCAAGUCGCUCAAACACAGCCCACUAAUCAUUAUUGGGUUUAG